ACAUUCUGUCGAUCAAUCAUAUAGCAUCAGGCAAUGAGUGGACAAAGUUAUACAAGAAGAUCUACUUGGCCUCUAUUGGAUCCAAGCCAUAGCAUCAUAGAUGGCAUGAUGAUUAACCCCAGCCGCCGACGCAGCGUACACACCCAAUCUAUCCCUCGAAGCUGGCGUCACUGCCCAAAAGAAGGAUCACUGAUUGCUAACAAAUUUCUUCCAUUUAAAACACCGCUGAGCUCUCAGUAUGACAAGGAUUUGUCAGAAAAGGAGCGCUUCCCACCUUCAGUCCUCACCUCCUACAGGGAUACAUAUCGUAUAGGUUUGGUUAUUGAUCUAACAAAUACUAGCCGUUAUUAUGACAAGAGGGAACUACUUCAAUGUGGUAUCAGGCAUCAUAAAAUCACUUGUGAAGGACAUAAUGUAGCUCCUGAUGUAGAGAAAGUUAAAGAAUUUCAAAUGGUCUGUGGUGAAUUUUUUAAGGAUCAUCCAUAUGGUGUAGUUGGUGUUCAUUGUACUCAUGGCUUUAAUAGAACUGGUUUCCUGAUAGUCUCAUAUCUCAUUGAUGUUGAAUGCUGGGACUUAGAAGCUGCUGUUGCAACAUUCAGUGUGGCCAGACCACCUGGUAUAUAUAAAGAGCAUUAUUUACAUGAACUAGCCGGACGAUAUGCUGAUGGUGACAUUGGUAGUAUCAUCACUCCUCCAUUACCUGAUUGGUGUGAUGAUGUGGAAAGAGAGAAAGAAAAGAGUGCACAAUUUGCUGUACCUCUUCAUGGAGUGGAGUUAGUGCUUGGCCCAACAAGAGAAGAAGUACAGAUAGCAUGUCAGGAAGCAUUAGACUGGGAAGAGUCUGGGUUUCCUGGCAGUCAGCCGGUCAGUAUGGAUGUACAGAACAUUAGGUUUUUAAAUGAAAAACCAUAUCGUGUUAGCUGGAAAGCUGAUGGAACUAGAUAUAUGCUUUAUAUAAAGGGCAAAGGUCAAAUAUAUUUAAUAGAUCGGGACAAUUCAGUUUUUAAUUCACCAAAUAUUACAUUUUUAUCACGAAAAAGAGAGGGAGAGCACCUCAGAGACUGUGUGGCUGAUUCGGAGUUGGUCCUUGAUAAAGUGGACGGAGCUGUCCGACCUCGCUUGCUGAUAUAUGACAUUAUGAUGUUUGAAGGAAGUAAAGAUGUGGCAAGAUGUGACCAUCAGAGACGAAUGUUGUGCAUUGACAGAGAAUUGAUAAUGCCAAGAGAAGAAGCUGCAAAAAGAGGUAUUAUUGAUAAAAUCAGGGAGCCAUUUUCUGUCAGAGCAAAGCAGUUUUGGGAUGUCUCAGAAUCAAGAAUGAUCUUAGAGAAAUAUGCACCAACACUUACUCAUGAAAAUGAUGGUCUUAUUUAUAACCCAACAAAUGAACCAUAUAAACCUGGACAGUGUAAAGAUCUACUGAUAUGGAAGCCUCCAAAGGUCAACUUUCACUUAAAUAUAAUAACAGAGAAAAAAUUUGGUAUGUUGGAAGAGAAGAAAGCACAAUUGCUAGUUGGAUCAGAGAGAUGUGAAAAGAUUUUUAGUUAUUUGGAUCUUCAAGUGAAUAAAGAUGCCAAAAAGCACAGCAAGAAAAUCAUUGAGUGCUCCUUUGUUAAUAAUAAGUGGAAGUUUCUUAGAGUCAGAACAGAUAAAGGUUUUCCAGAUUCUAUUGAAACAGCAAAAAGUAUUUGCAUUGACUCAGUAAAUGAAGACAAGCUACUUGAGGUGUGUGAGAAGCAUCGCCGGGGGAUUGAUAAAGGAAGAGCCAACAAACAUGCACUGGAAGAACCUAAUGGAAGCAUGUUACCACCAAGCAAAGCACGAAGACAUGCUUCGACGUCCACUUGAACUUUUUCAUUUAAAAAACGUUACAUUGUUAUGAAUACUACAGAAUAGAAAAUACUGAUAAGCCUAACUUACAAAAA